CAGGCGAGAGAGAGAAGAGAGGAGAGAGGGAGCUCUUAACAAAUCACAGCAUCACCAAUAAAAGCCAAAAAAGAGUGUAUAUCCAUCGUCUCUACUCUUUGCAGCACCGCAGGCAACGCUCUGCAUCAGUCUCAGUUCCUCUAUUCUCUGCAAUCUUUUCUUUAAUAAGUCUUUGAAGAUGGUCCUCAACAAUCUCCUUCGAUCCGCUCUUAAAACUCAGCUUGGUUCAUGCGUCAAACAUGCUAAUGCUUCUGGAACUUCACAGAAGCAUCUUUUUCAAACUGCAUCUUUGACCAGAUUGUAUAGUUCUGAGGGAUUCGUGCAAAGGGAGAGUGAUAAUGGAGGUUACAAGGGGCACGAUAUGUUGGCACCUUUUACUGCUGGAUGGCAGUCUACUGAUUUGGAUCCUCUAGUUAUAGAGAAGUCUGAGGGUAGCUAUGUUUAUGACAUCAAUGGGAAUAAAUAUCUCGAUUCUCUUGCUGGUCUUUGGUGCACAGCCUUGGGGGGCAAUGAACCACGGCUUGUGGCUGCUGCAACAGAACAAUUAAAUAAGUUGCCGUUUUACCACUCAUUUUGGAAUCGUACUACAAAACCUUCAUUGGAUCUUGCAAAGGAACUUCUAGAAACUUUUACUGCAAGAAAAAUGGCAAAAGCCUUCUUUACAAAUAGUGGAUCGGAAGCCAAUGACACUCAGGUGAAGCUUGUGUGGUACUAUAACAAUGCUCUUGGAAGACCAAAUAAGAAGAAAUUUAUAGCUCGAGCAAAAUCGUACCAUGGUUCAACUCUCAUAUCGGCUAGUCUUUCUGGGCUUCCAGCAUUGCAUCAAAAGUUUGAUCUUCCUGCUCCAUUUGUGUUGCACACUGACUGUCCUCAUUACUGGCGUUAUCAUCUUCCAGGUGAGACAGAGGAGGAAUUCUCAACUAGAUUGUCCAAUAAUUUGGAGAAUCUUAUCCAGAAAGAAGGGCCAGAGACGAUUGCUGCAUUUAUUGCUGAGCCUGUCAUGGGGGCAGGAGGUGUGAUACCUCCCCCUGCAACUUAUUUUGAAAAGGUGCAAGCUGUUGUGCAAAAAUAUGACAUUCUUUUUAUUGCGGAUGAGGUAAUUUGUGCAUUUGGAAGGCUUGGGACAAUGUUUGGGUGUGACAAAUACAACAUCAAGCCAGAUCUUGUAUCUGUAGCAAAGGCACUGUCUUCUGCAUAUAUGCCAAUUGGAGCUGUUAUGGUGAGCCCUGAAGUUUCAGAUGUUAUACAUUCUCAAAGCAACAAACUUGGUAUUUUUUCUCAUGGCUUUACGUAUUCUGGUCACCCUGUGUCAUGUGCUGUUGCUAUUGAAGCUCUCAAGAUAUACAAGGAGAGAAACAUCGCUGAGCGAGUAAAUGAAGUUGCCCCUAGAUUUCAAGAUGGUUUAAAAGCCUUUUCAGACAGUCCGGUCAUAGGGGAGAUACGGGGAACUGGCUUGAUUCUUGGUACAGAAUUUGCAGACAAUAAAUCACCAAAUGAUCCAUUUCCUGCGGAAUGGGGUAUAGGUGCAUAUUUUGGAGCACAAUGUCAGAAGCAUGGGAUGUUAGUCCGUGUUGCAGGGGAUAAUAUAAUGAUGUCUCCACCACUGAUAAUCACUCCUGAAGAGGUUGACAAGCUAAUCAGCAUAUAUGGGAAGGCACUGAAGGCUACUGAGGAAAGGGUAAAUGAACUGAAGUCUCAGCAAAAGAAGCUGUAAAACAACAUCAGUUGAUAAUGGCGAAAAUUAUGCGCGCUUUAUGUAAAGCAAAAAAUUUGCUUGGGAUUCUGCUGCAUUUAGUAGCUAAGAAAGCAUUUUAUAAAGAUGUUGCUUCAUUUUGUAUCUUA